AUGCCACAAGGCAGGAUAGCAUCCCCUAGCGAGGCCCUCACCGUCAUCGUCCCCGCUCCCCACCAGAACAAGAGGCUCUACGCCCCCGAACUCCUGAACGCCCGUGCCUCCGAGGACAACCAGGUAACCAACGCCGAGGAUGUUGUCGCCGAGCACCCUCUCCCGGGAUACAUCGUGCCCGUCCAAGCCUCUGCGGACGAUGCGGAACCUCUUACAACGGAGAUCAAGGUGGAGCAGCAGCAACAGCAGCAGCAGCAGCAUCGGCCUGACUCGACGGAGGCCGUCAAGAACUUUUUCACCAAGACCUCCGCCGGCCGCGUGUUCUCCCGAGGGUUGUUGACCAAGGGCUUCGAAAAGCUGUAUACCCACGCCGCGGACACCACCGCCUCCUUCGCCCUUGGCUAUUUUAGCAGCCUCCGCUUCGGCGGCAACACGCCCGCGCUGCUGGCGACUCUGGUGACGGCGGCGGGGACGCUCUCGGUUGCUUCUGCCGCGACGACAAGCUGCUUGUCGGCAGGGACGACGGUCGCCGACAUCGGCUCAAGGGCAACGACUGACGUUCCUGGAGACCUCGCGGACGAUGCGACAUGGGCGCUGUUCAGCUUGCUCAUGAAAUUCGGAGGGGCGACAGUGUUGGCCCGGAUCAUGCAGAUAUCCGCUCUCUCGGUCUUAGCCACCCUCGCCUUCUGGGCUACGAGCAGGAGCAGGAAGAAUGGGGCAUCGGUCUCGCCCAACAAUCCCCCCACAGCCGUCGGCACACCCGCAGCCGCCGCCGCCGCCGCCCCUGCCAUGCCCCCCGCAGGCACGCCCCCGGCAGCCGCCGCCGCCCCGGCUGCAGACAUGCCCGCCGUCGCAGCAGCAUCUACGGCAUCUACGGCAUCUACGGCAUCUAACCCAGUCGACAGCCACGUCGGAACCCUAGGGUCUCCUGCGCCCGCGAGUACUGAGCAAGCACAGCCGGUGGCUAACCCCCCCGCUGCUCCCGAACCUGAACCGCGGGUAGGGCGCGGCCUCCGCAGGGCCAUGCAACGCCUGUUCCGCGGGAUAACCUUGGCCCGCAUGGCGGCCAAAGUGAAAGAAGCAGCUUCUGAGGUCGACGUGGACGAAGUGGUUUCUAGCGUUCGCGAGUUCUUUUCCGACGUGGACGAUGCGCUGGGGGACGUGAUGGACGUGGUGGGGUAAGCAAGUCCGUUCGUUCGUUGCAGUCACGCCUACGGUAACCUCUCUCCCUCCGUGGUGCAGUCGCGUGUGCUGUGUGGGGGGUCGAUAGGAGGAGGAGGAGGCGUAGACCGCCCGGGCAGUUAAAGGUGACACCGCCGGUGGUGCUGUGGCGUGAUUGAUGAUAUCGUUUUUGUGCUUGUCUUGUCGAACAUCUAUGCAUGGUGUGCGUUGCACGGGGUGGGUCGGUGGGUGACGCGGUAGGCUGGCCAGGGCAGGUAUGCAUACCACCGGUGUGGUGCCGUGGUGGUUGAUAUCUCUUUCGUUUGUCGUGCGCGCGUGUGUGUGUGUGGUGGGUGGACGUACGUCAUGAUCGCGUGCUUCCUGCUCGGCCACAUGGUGUUGUCGAUGUUUCCUACUCUAGUAAUUUACAUAGUGUGAUGCGUGCUGCUCGAGCGGGUGUGGGAACAUCGUUCUUUCUUCUUGGACGCGCUCUAUUUUAUUUAUUUUUUUUAUUCGAAGGGGAGGGCGGGGGGGAGGGAAACGUUGUCGCAAGCCUUUCCCUACCGUGUGGGGGGGUGAUAACCGUGUCUGACUGUGGUGGUUUCGUCGUUUUCAGCACUCCGCUCGUGAAGCAGCAGCGGUGCUAGAAGGCCAAGAGGUCGAUUGAGUGGGUGCGUCGUGUGGGAGCGGCGCUUUUUCGAUAGCACUAGUCCGUUAUCGUUUUUUUUUUUGUCAGGGUUGGAUUCUGGUGCUUCUUGUCUGCCAGAAGUCACCACUGGCGAGGAUUCAAUCGUGCAGGCGGCCGUCAGCGUAGCAGGGUAGCUGUGAUAGCAGCGUCGGUCGAGAUACGUCGCGACGUAGCCGGGGAGGUGGAAAGCCGGUGAGAGGUUGAAUGAGAACCGCGGGUGUACCCGGGUUGUUCUUUUUACAGCAGUCGUGGCUCUGGAAAAAUUAUCCACACGAGCAGGAUAUAGCAUUAUAUUGUUGUAAGCGUAGGGUAGGAGGAGGCAGCAGUAGAGCGAAGCUCAGCAUGUGGGCGUCGAUGGCUCCGUGAUUGCGUAAGUCGCGUCGUAGGUCGGUAACAGUUUACGUGUGGGUAAACGUUCUCGUGGCGGCAGAGCUCGGCUUACCAUGGGCGAUGACUCCCCGCGAUUGAGCAAGUAGGGAAUUAGCGUGGGUCAGUAGCCCGGUUCACUCGUAGGUUAGAUCAUCUCGUAGAUAGUGUCUAGGUUGUGAGGCUUGUGUGCUCCACUGACCCACACAGCAGGUUCUGUCGGGGUUACGGU